CCGGGACUGCAUGGCAUGCCUUUCUAAAGCACCUCGUGGUUCGCAACCGCUGGUACAUUAAGUCCUCGCACCGCAUCCGAGAAGUUACACUGCUUCUAGAAACCACGCAACGUUUGCUGCUCCAUAUAUGGCUAGAUAUAUACACUGAAAUCGUAUAAGAAUUGCUACCUUCUCGUGUUUCCUUGCUUCUUCCUUUCUAAAUCAUUACCUCGACAAGGAUAUCCUGAAAAAGAAAUGCAUAUCAUAACUCCCCUCCAACUCUGCACAGCUCUCACUGUGUUCACGAGUGUGAUAAUUUCCUCCUUUGCCAUCGAUACCCCUGCGACGAAAGAUUCCACCAUUUUUCGGUCCACCGUGAGCUGCCCUAGUUGUCCCGAUCGCAACUGCUACAAAUGCACGCUUGGUCACGAUGCCACUCUCGAGGCCAACACCGGGGGACUGGCCUACAUCCGCUCUCUAAUCGCAUUUCAACUUCCAGUCCAGGCUGCCUCUGUCACAGCAUGUAUAGUGCAAUUUCCUGCCUUCACAAAGCAGAUCCAAGCACCUGUUAAUGUGACGGCCGCCCAGGCGCUCUCUUCCGACUGGGACGAGAAUACCGUUACCGGAGAGAAUGCACCGGAUUCCGGUGACAUUUUUACAGAAAUUGAGGUACCUGCCUAUGCGAACAUAGGGGCCAUCGAUGUUACGCCUGCGUGUCAGGGAGCGGAUGAAGAUGGGAAUUUUUCUAUAUUCCUAGGUACGAGGUUUGGCAGAAUCGAGAUUUGGUCGAAAGAUUCGGGAAAUCCCGCGAUUCUUCACAUUACAUCAUCUGCUUGAAUGUUUGUAUGUGAUUUAAAUGGUUCAUGGUUAUUGCUUCAACAAAUCUGGGUUGGAGGGGCGACGCUGAGAUCUAAUGGUGGUCCGAGAUAUGUAGCACUGUGGAUGUUUUAAGACGUUGACGGAGGAACAUGAUGCGGAUAUUGCUUUGCCAUUCGCGCCUUCUAUACUCUGUUGCAAAAUCAGGGUCUCUCUGGCUCAUUCAUUAGGUUGAUUGCACUAGAGUGCUAAUUUGCCAACACUAUUCAGCGAGCUUUUCUACUCGUGGUUACUUAUAUAGUUACGUGAGCAUUUGAGAUAUAGGACAUUUAUCGUUUUCACGAAUGAGCUCGGUAAGCGUGAUACAUUGAAGAUCAUUGCAGAAAGAACGUUGAAUAACCAAGUGUCAGGACUUUUAGUUUUGC